CAUCCCAAUGCUCAGUCUCGCUCACCAUUCGUUGCACCUCCUGAAGUCAAGACUCCCUGCUGCCGCCGUUACAUGCAGCUCUUUAGCACGCGCCACAAUGUCCCUGUAAUACUCGCUCACUGCCUCUCCUUCCCUCAUCAAGCGCACCGAGUCGAAGCCGGCCUUCAAGAUGCCGCCUAUCAAGUUGACCCCUUUACAAGCAAGGUUUACAGCAUGUCUCUCGGCCUCUGUCGUCCUGUUGCUAUUAUACCUAACUUUGACAAAACCAUCCUUCGCUUAUGCCCUGGAGGCUGACUCCUCUCGGAUAUCUUCUGAAGACCACAAUUUUUACGUUAUACCAGACGAGAACGAUAGGGAAGAGACGGAGGAGCAUAGAAUAACAAACCGCGCUGAGGUUGGAGUCUCGGCGCUUGCCAACAACGACCCUGCGAACAGUAACAUUGAGGUGGGCGAGACCCAGAACUGGGUGUUUCCAAAGGAUGCAAUUGAUGGUCCCCACGGGACGCCUGGGGUUGGUCUGCCAGGCGAAAAGCUAGAGGAAUCAGAGUUACUGCCGGAACAACACGAACUCAGAAGGAGGCAGGCAGGAAGCAGAGUCUACAUUACUCUCAACACUUGUCUGCAGCCCUCACCCAAUACGACCAAUGCGGUACCUCCACAAUUGCAGAUGUACAUCUCCAUGUCCGAGUCGAACCAGAAACCAGGUCCGGGAUCCAGUGACCCCGAUCAACAGACCCUUACAGUUGAUGGAGGGUAUGCGAUCUUUGAGGCGGACGCUGACAGUGACGUGUACGUGGGAAUAUCUGCGCCCAACACCACGGAAUUCUCGGGCAUCUGGAAUUACAAUAUCGCGGCAUCGAUCGAUGCGCCUUUCUACGGCUUCAAGGACCCAGAAGUGAAGAAUCUGUAUUUCGUCGAUGGGGACAACCAUGCAGCCCUUUUGAUUACAAAUGAUACCACACAAGCUCUUCCCAAUCAGACUGUCUAUCAAGAAUGGAUGAAGCUAAGUCCUCCGUGGGGUGUCUUCGCUUCGAAUCAGAAAGAACGGGCAAUUCUUGGAGUCCAGAAAUCGUUCUGCGGCUUGAAAAACAACGCCCAGCUGGCCGCGAAUAUCGAUAACAUCGCCAACCAAAAUGUCGCCCAAAUGACCAACCGAGGCUUGGGCGGCAAGCCAAAAGAGCAGUUCUACAUUACGGGUCUGAACUCGACCUCGAAAUACUGGGGUAUGCUUGUCAUGCAGGGGAACUCGACAGACUCGGGCGCCGGCGUGGUUGGAGGCGGUGGCACCGUCUGGGCAGCUAUGGAAUUCGAGACCAAGACCGAAAACAACUGUGCCCUGAUGUACAACCUCUCGUUCUGUUCCGAAGUGGCCUAUGCCGUUCCCACCAACCCGGACAAAUUCUCGCCAGAGACCGGUCUCCCGGAUUUGGCGGCACUGUACGAUUCCCACGCGGCGCAAAUGUACCAAUACUUCAACUACUCCUUGCAACAAAUCCCUUGUAACACAACCUCCAGCGCUCAAUACUCUCUCGCCCGCAACUGCGACGACUGCGCCCGGGCAUACAAACAAUGGCUCUGCGCCGUGACCAUUCCCCGUUGCGCCGACUUCUCGAGCUCGGCUUCCUUUCUCAAGCCCCGGAACUUGGGGCAGCCGUUCAUCAAUGGCUCGAGCAUCUCAUCUGACCCGUCACAGUUCAACGUCAACCAAGCCCUGCUCGAUGCCGUCGCCACGAACUCUUCCCGGAACCCGCUCAUCGACACGUCCAUCCAACCGGGACCGUACAAGGAAGUCCUGCCCUGCGAAGACCUGUGUUACGACCUCGUGCAGAGCUGUCCCGCGAGCCUGGGAUUCGCGUGUCCACUGCGGGGCAAGGGCCUGGAGGAUAGCUACGGCAGACGAGUCAACGAGUCGGAAGGGGUCAUCAGUUGCAGCUAUUUGGGCGCGGCGUAUUAUCUGAGCGGGAGCACGGUUUUGCACCCGAGCGUGUAUAGCAUGGCGUUGUUGGUGUUUGUCCUGGGAUUAGGGAACAUGCUCUAGAAACGGCUCUAGAGAGCGUCCCGAGUUUACGAAUACAAGGACCGGUUUUUUUGCACAAGUCAUUCAUUCACGGUGCUGUGUUUUCCUCCAUCCCGGAAAAGAAACAUUCCAUCUAUUCUGUCUCUGUCUGUCUGCUUUGUCGAAUGGCUCGCCCCUUGCCGACGGCGACGGCUUGUUUCGGUCUCCCAUGCAUGGCCUCCUUCAGUGCAUUGUGUGCAAUCCACCCGCAGCGCUGCACAUUGGUAUGUGGAAAAGAGGACUCUCAGGCGUGGACGCCUCUUUCCCACCGUAGAACCUCGCCUGGUGAUUUCGACAGACAAUGCUUUCUCGUCGGAGACUUGGAAAGGGGGCAGUUCGGACGGAAUAGACUAAACGUCUAAGGAGCGCAAAUGUUCUGCUCAUUCGUAGUCAUGUUAUUUGGUCUAUUGGACGUGGGGGAGAGGGCCUAAGGAUGGCUUAGUUUACUUCACGCACACACGCCGCACACUCUGUAUCUGUAGGUGCGCAGAGGGAGCCACUCUUAUAGAGAGGGAAC